AUGAAUAAUUCCGUAGUUGACGCUCUCAUCAUUGGGGGAGGCCCUGCGGGCUUGAGUGCUUCUCUUCCGAUCAUACGCCAGCAGUUCACUGUGGUCAUCUUUGACAACGGCAUCUCGCCUAUCGAUGACACCAAGCUAUUUCACCUAAUCCCUAGCUGGGAUCAUCGGCAUAAGGAUGAAUUUGCUUCUUCAGCUAAGGAGAAUCUCUUAUCAAGGUAUCGGACGCUACGUUUCCAGCAGACGACCGUCCGAAGCGUCCGCAAGGCGGAUACGGGUCUUUUUUUGAUAGAAGAUUCGGAUGGAAACCAAUGGACGGGGAAGAAGGUUAUUCUAGCCAAUGGGGUUCGAUAUAUAUUUCCCGAUGUCGAGGGAUUCGCACAAUGUUGGGGCAAAGGAAUCUACCGAUGUUGCUUUUGCAAUGCUUUCGAAGAUCGCGGAGUUGGCUCCGUCGGUGUUCUCGCCAUCGACUUUUUCGGAUCCACGGAGAUGGCGAUUCACGCUGCUACAGACUUUAAACGAUUCGCUAAAACAGUCAUGGUUUAUACCAACGGAUCGGACGAUUUGGCCGACAAGCUGGCGACUCAACUCCCCAGUACCCGCAUGAAAAUCAUGCGUCAGCGCAUCACGCGUCUAGAAAAGACCGGGACAGGUGGAGAAGUGACUGUUCAUCUCGACGACGGCACAAGCCGCGUCGAGGGAUUUCUCGGCCACAUACCGUCUACACGACCAAAUGGCACUUUUGUUGAGGACCUAGGCCUCGAGACUGAGGCAUCUGGAGACAUCAAAGUCUUCCCACCAUUGAAUUCAACCAGUCUUCACGGAGUGUACGCUGCGGGGGAUCUGUGUAGCUUAUCCAAGAUUGCUUCUCAUGCUUUCUAUUUGGGCAACAUUGCAGGUGCUGGCGUGGCCGAAGAGCUUCUAGUGGAGUCAGACUAG